CGCCUCCCUGCUCCGCUCGACAGAUCAUGGCGAAGAACGAGGGGCACACCGUCCUGCUGGCAGUGGACGGCGAUGACCAGCUGACCCUCAACCACGUCUCCGAAGCCAUCGUGGAGGCCCCUGUCUUCGCCCUGCGCAUUGGCGUCGGGGGCUUGCUGAUCCCCACGGAGGAGCUCCUUGUCCCACUGAACCCGGCCAUGGACGGCUGCAUGAGGCGAUGGAAUUGGCUGAACAAGAGCACCGAGUGGCUGGAAGGGACGUCCCUGGAGGACAAAGACACCAAGGUCUGCUUCCCCACCGUCCGCAGGGGGAGUUUCUUCCCAGGGAACGGACUGGCCACCUUCUCUCUCUCAGACCUCCCUACCGGAGUCAUCUCUGCCAAUCGGAGUUGGUCCCUGACUGUGGAGAUGUGGAUCGGGGCCGCCCCGCAGUCAGCGCCCUUGCUGGCCACCUCCGCUUUCCCCCUGCGCUUAAGCCUGCAUCGCACGGAUCUGACGGCUCACCUGGGGAACAAGACGGUCCUUCAGGUGCCCUUCCCCCCGGGGGGCUGCCUAGAUGCCCCCCUCCACCUGAGCAUCACCCCGUCCCACGCCACGCUGCGCCUGGGCGACGCGGAGACCUCGAAGCCCACCCCGAAACUGGAUUUCGAAAGCCUGAAGCACAUCUGGCUGGGGAAAAAGGGGGGCUUCCUCAUCGGGGGGCUGCCUGGACAGGAAAAAUUCCCGCUGGCCCAGGAGAGGAAUUUCUUCCGGGGCUGCCUGCGUGGGAUCCGGGUUCAAGGCCACGAGCUGGACUUUGAUGAGGUGCAAUCUAGGAGCAACUCUAUCUGGCCCCACAGCUGCCCCGGAGCCGACGUAGGCCAGGCCAAGGCGGACCAAGAGGAGUAGGGAGCACGUCGCCGGCGCAUCUUUUCCCGCGGAGUCGCCC